AAUCAGUGAUAAAAGAAACUGUUACGUCAGAGGGCAACAAGGGUAGCAUCAAAAUGGCGAACAACAGGUGCUUUAUGUAAACAAAUACGCAUUUUGUUAAACAUAUAAAACAAUAUGCCUGGGAAAAAGAAAGGAAAGUCAAAGAAGGGGAAGAGUAAGAAGAGCGGUACUAAAUCAUUGAAGGAGAGCACGUCCCCAUCCGAUCCCAUCGCUCCGUCAUAUGUACCAACUCCUCCAAAACCAGGCGAGAGGCUUGUUAAAUUAUUGACUUCAAAUCCAGUGGAUGAAAAGGAGGUCCAUGGAUAUAAAAUGUCAAACAGAAUUCUAAAGAAUUUGACUGCACAAGAGAUAAGAGAUCUUCUAGUUGUAUUCGAACUGUUUGACACAAAUAAUGAUGGGUAUAUUAACUCUGCCGAGCUUAGACGUGCAAUGAGAGCUCUAGGAUUUAAAUGUAGCAGAGAUGAUGCUAAACAAAUGAUUGCUGAUGUCAAUCUCAAGGGCAAGAGUCAAAUUGAGUUUACAGAAUUUUUGGAGGUGAUUAUUGAUAGACAAGGGGAUUCUAGAGAUAUGUAUGAUGAAAUCCUUAAAGGAUUCAGCAUGUUUGACUAUGAUAAAUCCGGUUCAAUAUCAAUAGACAAUUUAAAACUGGCAUGUGAAGAAGCUGGAAUAAAAUUCACUCAGAGAGAGUUAGAGGAAAUGAUUGAAGAGGCUGACAUUAAUGGUGAUGGUCGAGUAGACCAAUCAGAAUUCAUCCGUAUAAUGCUCCAAACAAACCUCUUCUGAUUGGCAAGGUUUUUGUUCUUAUCUGGGGGAUGUUUACAACAGAUCCAUUUAUGCGACAUGCUGUGAUCGGUGAAUUUGUUUUAAACACUACUUAAACUGUUGUUUUGAAUGUUCUUAAAACAUUACAAUAUCAUCUAAUUGUGUCUUGCCUCUGCAAUGUAUUUGAGAUUAAAUUUUAGUACUCCAA